UUUAUCAGAUAUUCCAUAAAAAAAUCUUCUUCUCACUCUAAAAAGUUGAAAACUUGAAUCAGAGACAGACUGCUCCCAUCACUGAACCACCCACACAGCACAAAGAUUCUAUGUCAUCGUGUAAGUGCGAAGAUCAUCAUCAUCAAUGUCACCCUUCAAGUGAAAAAGACAUGCCUUUUUCCUCCAAGACCCCAAAGCUAUGAAACAAUGCCGCUGAUGAUCAGUGAAAUGUCACUAGCCAUCUUCUUCGCUUUCAUCCUCUCCCUUCUCUUACCAACCUCAAAUGCCUUGCUUGUUUCCAAAUUUGAAACAAACAACACAUUUACACACACAUUUACACCUUCAACUCCCUGCAACCCAAUACAAAGCAGUAGAAGCAAGAAAUUGGAGACUGCCAAUGUCCUUAUCACAGGAAACUCAACCAUUUCAAGCCCAAACAAGACAUUCAAUCUGGGUUUCGUUAACCCAGGUGGGAAACCCAAUUGGUACUUGGCCAUUUCGUAUGCUUCAAUUCCAACACCACCAAUAGUUUGGGUAGCAAAUCGUGAAAAACCCAUUACCAAUCUCACCUCUACAAGGCUAGAAAUCACCGCGGAAGGCAAACUGGCCAUCAUUGCAUUACCGGGUUCAACGAUUUGGCAAAGCACAAACACAGAGGAAGCCAGACGGUUGCUCCUUCAAGAGAAUGGAAAUCUUGUUCUUUUAUCGGCCGAAGGGUUGAUUAUUUGGCAAAGUUUCGAUUUUCCAACAGAUACAUGGCUGCCAGGCAUGAAUAUUACAAGUGAAAGAUCUCUAAUUUCAUGGAGGAGCAUAAACGAUCCGUCGCCUGGUUUAUUCUCUUUGAGGAUAAACCCGCUAGGGUUUAAUGAAUUUGAGCUUGUUUAUAAUAAGAGUGCCAAGUAUUGGAGUACAGGUAAUUGGACUGGUGAUGCAUUCGAUGGUGUACCUGAAAUGACUAUUCCUUACAUUUAUAAGUUCCAUUUUUCGGAUCCUUUUACGCCAAGUGCAUCCUUUUGGUACACAGAGAGGGAAUUAGAUGGUGGUUUAAGGCCACCACUGACUAGGUUUCAAGUUGAUGUUAUUGGGCAGUUGAAGCAGUACACUUGGACUCAGCAGAAUGAGUAUUGGAACAUGUUUUGGUCACAGCCAGACAAUAAGUGCAGAGUUUAUGGAUUAUGUGGGAAUUUGGGUGUUUGUAAUAGCACAUUGUUAAAGCCUUGCGUUUGUGUUUCUGGGUUCAUUCCUGUUAGUGAUAAUGAUUGGGAGUCUGAGGAUUAUACUGGUGGUUGUGUCAGAGAGAGUAGGCAUUUGUGUGAAGAGAGUGAUGGGUUUAUGGAGGUUGGUGUUGUGAGAUUUGAGGGAGCGGCUAUGGUGUCUUUUGCGGGGACUAGGAAUGUUUGUGAGAGGACUUGUUUGAGUAAUUGUUCAUGUAUCGGUUUGUUUCACGAUGGUAAGACAAACUUGUGCAAGAAUCUAUAUGGAUCUUUGUUGAAUUUGAGAAAUUCCAGUUCUGAUAGUACUUUUCAAGAUGUGUUAUAUGUCAGGGUGCCGAAGGAGGGGAUUGUGAGGAAGGGUGUGUCGAAAUCUGUGCUUUUGAUUGGUAGCAUUGGUGGGUCAGUUGUGCUUUUGGGGUUGGUGGCAGGGAUGCUGCUGAUUUUGAGAAAGAGAAGAAAGAACGGCAAGGGUGUGGAAGGAGAUGGUGUGUUUCCAGGGUUGAAUUUGAAAGUGUUUACUUAUAAAGAGCUUUGUGCUGCAACUCGAGGCUUCUCGGAUAAACUUGGACAUGGUGGAUUUGGGGCAGUGUUUCAGGGCGAGUUGUUGGAUUCUACUCUUGUUGCUGUGAAACGCCUUGAAAGGCCAGGCAGUGGAGAGAAAGAGUUCAGGGCAGAGGUGUGUACUAUUGGAAACAUUCAGCAUAUCAAUCUUGUCAGGCUUAGAGGAUUUUGCUCAGAGAGUUCUCACAGGCUUUUAAUUUAUGAUUACAUGCCAAAUGGCCCUUUGAGUGCGUAUCUGCGACGAGAUGGUCUGAAUUUGAUCUGGGAUGUUAGAUUUCGUGUAGCAGUUGGUACUGCUAGAGGAAUUGCAUAUUUACACGAGGAAUGUAGAGAUUGUAUUAUCCAUUGUGAUAUCAAGCCAGAAAACAUCCUUUUGGAUAGUGAUUACACAGCUAAGGUAUCUGAUUUUGGCUUAGCAAAGCUUAUAGGUCGCGACUUCAGUAGAGUAUUAGCUACCAUGAGAGGCACCUGGGGCUAUGUUGCACCAGAAUGGAUAUCUGGUGUGGCAAUUACCACGAAAGCAGAUGUUUAUAGCUACGGAAUGACAUUGUUGGAAUUGCUUGGAGGCCGUAGAAAUGUAGAGGCACCGCCAUCUGCUCGUGGUGCUGGUGGCAGGGAGGGUGAGAAGGCAGAGAAAUGGUUUUUCCCUCCAUAUGCUGCACAGAAAAUAAUCGAAGGCAAUGUGGCAGCAGUGGUGGAUGAUAGGCUAGGCAGCGCAUAUGACAUUGAGGAAGCUCAGCGUGUUGCAUCGGUUGCCGUUUGGUGUAUACAGGAUAACGAGGAAAUGAGGCCUACAAUGGGAAUGGUAGUGAAAAUGCUAGAAGGGGUGGUCGAAGUGACCACUCCUCCACCACCAAAAUUGUUACAAGCACUGGUCUCCGGGGAGUCUUAUCAUGGUGUUCAGAUAGAUUCUGGUAAGGGAGUAUCUAUUGGUGGUGAUUGUUGUGGUGAUAAUGCAGGGGUAUAUAGUUCUGGUUCGCCUUCAUCUCUUGGUAAUGCCUCUUCACCAGCCAAAUGAAAAUGUGAAAGUUAACUGACAAGCGUCCUGGAGAUUGGUGGGUAGCUGAGGAAAAACUAAUUCCCCCCCCCCCCCCCCUUUUUUUGGCUUUCAUUUUAUGUGAAUUGUAGCCUUGUACGGUAUCAGAAAUGUAAAUGGAAUUGCUUGUUGCUCAAAUUUUCAAGGAUGUCAAGCUCUUCAAGAUUC